AUGGCCAUGGUGUUGAUGUUGCGCGCGUCUAAGGGAGUUGGGGUCGUCCCGACGGCCGCAGCGUAUACCUUAGUACCAUCUACUGAUAUUGACCACACUCGAAAUCAACACACCAAAAAUCCUAGAGACGCGAAGAUGCUAAUAGGAAAAGAUGGAUAUAAGCAUAUUCACAAAAUUCGUUUCCGAAAACCUUCGAAACAAGCUAUAGAUACACUCACCAGGACUGAUCGACAAAUCAAUAGACCAUCUGCUCGACACCAUAAAAAGAGGCACUAA